AUGGCACCUGGACGCAUCGACUCGCCCACCGAGAAUGUCCAUUUGUUUACAACAAGUAAAGCGACCGUCUACCUCCUCGAUACCUUUCAUCCAACUGCUUUAAAGCAUGCCCAGGCCAAAUUCAAUGCAAUCCUUCCCUCAGACCCAAAGCAUUCGCAUUGGCGCGAGAACGCUGAAUACCUGUUGAUUCGCGGCUCGUAUCUCACAAGGCAAGAUAUUGAUUCAUGCCCGAGAUUGAAGGCCAUCGGAAAGCAGGGAGUUGGUAUCGACAAAUUAGAUGCGACCGCUUGCCAGGAGCGUGGUAUUCCGAUCUUCAACACCCCUGGUGUAAACGCCCAGGCCGUCGCAGAGACCGUCCUUUCUCUGACCAUGUCCGUGGCUCGACAAGUCGGCCGUGUCACCGCAUUACAGACCCAAGGAAAAGUUGUUCCCAAGGAGUCGUGCUCAGGACUUAUCAUCCGCAACAAGACAAUUGGCAUUGUUGGAAUGGGCAAUAUUGGCCACAAGGUCGCAAAGAUAUUUCAAGCUGGACUCGGGUGUAAGAUCGUCGCUUAUGACCCGCUGCUGCCCCGGGAUGCGUGGGCCGAUACACCACAUACGCGCGCGGAAACGUUGGAGGAGAUCCUUGAUCUGUCCGAUGUUGUGACAUUGCAUAUCCCUCUGCUACCGCAAACUCGUGGACUCAUCUCAUACUCUCAAUUGAUGCGCAUGAAGCGCAAUGCGAUUUUAAUCAAUACAGCAAGAGGCGGAAUCGUGAACGAGGCAGACCUCGAGCGCGCUCUCGAAGAGCAGCUAAUCUUCGGGGCCGGACUGGACUGUCAUGAGCAGGAACCUCCAACCAAGGAGCGGUAUGGAAAUCUUUGGGCGACAGGGCGCGUACGAUUGAUCGGUUGGCCGAUUUUAUAG